AUGCCUAAGAUCGUCCGCCUCACCCUCUUCAAGAUCCCCGACCAAGACCUGGUCAAGGAAGCCAUCCAGAUGUACAACACUCUGGCCCAGGACGCGAAAAAGGAGAAAUGGGGUGGGGGUGACGAGGCGGCUGCAGCUGCUCGUCGCGCGGAAACAACUCCGCCUCACGACGCACAUAUGGGACGCCUAGAAUAUCCCUCACCAUGGAACAACGCUAGAGAUAUACCGACAGCAUCCGCGCCGACACUCUCCCGAGGCUGUGCUGUUAUCGCAAGAGAGCAUGCUAACGUCAUGUUUGUACAGGACGGCAAGAACUACAUCCAGCUCGCACAGGCCAACGCCACCUACGACGACCAGCGCAGCCAGGGCUACACACUACUCGCCCGUUGCAUAUUCGAGUCCAAGGAGGACAUGGACUUUUAUGACAACCAGGAUGAGGCACAUGCUAAGAUCAAGGCGCAUUUCAAGCCAAAGGUCAACUCACCGCCGCUGGUCAUCUACUCGGACAUGUCGUGA